CACUGUUUACUUCCUGAUCGCGUCUGUCAAAAAAUGGCCUCUCUUGACAGGGUAAAAGUGUUGGUUUUGGGAGAUUCCGGGGUUGGCAAGUCUUCCUUGGUCCAUCUGCUAUGUCAGAAUCAAGUUUUGGGAAAUCCAUCGUGGACUGUUGGCUGCUCUGUAGAUGUGCGGGUUCAAGACUAUAAGGAGGGAACCCCAGAGGAGAAAACCUUCUACAUUGAACUCUGGGAUGUUGGAGGAUCCGUUGGCAGCGCCAGCAGCGUCAAAAGCACCAGAGCAGUCUUCUACAACUCGGUUAACGGAAUUAUAUUGGUCCACGAUCUGACCAAUAAGAAGUCCUCUCAGAAUCUGUACCGCUGGUCACUGGAAGCUUUGAAUAAGGAUUCCUCUCCAACUGGAGUCAUCGUCUCAAACGGUGACUAUGACAGAGAGCAGUUUGCAGAGAAUCCGGUGCCUUUGCUGUUGAUCGGAACCAAGUUUGACCAAAUUCCAGAAAACAAGCGCAGUGAAGUUCUCACUCGGACGGCUUUCUUGUCUGAAGACUUCAAUGCAGAAGAAAUCAAUCUUGACUGCACCAACCCCAGAUACCUGGCUGCAGGCACCUCAAACGCUGUGAAGCUCAGCAGGUUCUUUGACAAGGUAAUAGAGAAAAGAUAUUUCACCAGAGAUCCCAGUCAGAUGACUGGCUUCACAGACAGAAAACGGUUCAACUUCAAAAGUUUGCACUAUGACUGAGACCUGUGAUCAGACCCGCCCACUCAGACACGCGCUGGAAGUGAAUCUAGAAAAGUUUGUAAAAGCUGGAAAUGACAUUUGAAGAAGAUGCUGAGGACAGAGAAUGAAGAGGCAUCAUUCCUGUGCUCCUCCAUUGUUUGCUUGAUCCACGGGAUGAAGGAACUGACUUUAGUGAAGACAUGCGGGUACCUUGGAUCAUUACAGUCGUUUAAUGAGGUAUAAGCUGUUAUACCUUGAGGCUUUGUGUUGCAGAUAAGUGGUCCACCAGAGUCUCCCUACAAAGAAAGACUGAUUGAGCGAUCUGUGUAAAGGUUGCACAUUUUUGUCAUGAAUAAAAAACUAAACCUGUAUUUGA